GCAUUUCCCGAAAACUUUUAUCAAUUGAUAGUUUUUUCUGCGGGGUGUGGAUGUAUGUAUGCAUGCGUAUAAUGUAUAUAGUAGUGGUUUAGUGGUUUGAAAAAUAUCAAAUCAACGUUAUAUGUAUCUCAUGGCUUUUAUAACUUAAUGACGCGUAGCUAAUGACACAAUAUACAGCAUUAGUGCAUACAUACAUAUGUAUGUACAUAAAAAUAACAGUGUACGCACAAAUUUGUCAUCAGAACUCACUUUCAAACUCAAUGCUGUUGCAUUCCUUUCCACCGAAAUUUGUGAAUGCCAAAAUUUUGUAAUGAAUUUUUGUAAACCGCUACUUUUGUUGUUGUUAAUGUUUGCAGCGAUUGAAGGCAGAUUCGAAGAUUUUGUAAUCAAAAACCAAAAUGAUUUAAAACGAUUUGGCGACUACAAUGACAUAAAUGAUGAAGAUUAUGAAAUUGAUGAAGAUUCCGUGAUCAAUUUGGAACUACUACGCCAAUUGUACAAGAAUGAACCGGGUAUUAUGGACUUGCUUAGAGACGGUUCGCUAGAAGAAAUACCCGCAGAUUUUAUGCAGAAAUUACAGCAAUACUAUGCACAGGUGGAGCCUUGGAAUUGCGAAAAUGAUGAAAAUUCUCAUGGUAUGAAUGUUUAUGAUAUUUUGUGAGACUCAAUAAAUUGUGUGUGAAAA